CCGCCGUGACUGCGCGGGUGAUUGCUAGGAUGCUGUUCAGAGUAAAGCUUGAAGCCGUCGACGACGACGACGACGACCUCUGGCGAUCAUGAACGUUGCCGUUCCUGAAAAGACCUUGCAAGGCGAUGGCCUGCUGCUCCCGGGCGCGUUCGACCGUCCGAGACGCCGCUUCUUGAUCUCACGACACUUCGUCGGGCUCGCGCUCCUGUUGUCGCUCGUGCUGUGGACGAAGGGCGUGGACCUGAACCAGGGCUCGACCUCUCGCGACUCGAGUGCGGCCCCUGCGCGUUCGGGAUGCUCGAAGGAUGGCCUGCAAGUCGCCGAGUUUGACUGGGAUGCGGUCGUCCCGAGCGAGAAGCUAGUCUGGCACGCCUGCGAGGACAAGUUCGAAUGCGCCCGACUCUCCGUGCCGCUCGACUACUCGAACCCGGAGGGAAAAAAGGCUGCGAUCGCGCUCAUGAAGAUCCCGUCUAAGAUCGCGCCUGACGAGGAGGGCUAUCGUGGGCCAGUUCUGUUCAACCCAGGUGGUCCAGGCGGUUCUGGCGUGGACCUGAUCAAACGCGCCGGCGAACAGUUCCAGCAAAUCCUUGGAGACGACUACGACCUCAUCGGGUUCGAUCCGCGAGGUAUCGGGCGCACUACGCCCGGCAUCGUCGUCUUCGAUGACGAGGGCGCUAGCGUCGCCUGGCAGCUCACACACGGACCGGUUUUGAACGCCACCGACGAGGCACUCGCACGCGCCUAUGCCCGCGCCCAGGUCUUUGGCGGCCUCGCGGCGGACCGCGUCGGUGAGGCUGCGCAGUACGUGAGCACGCCCAUGGUUGCGCGCGACAUGCUCAGCAUCACCCGGGCGCACGGGCGGGAGAAGUUGCUCUACUGGGGAUUCAGUUAUGGAACCAUCUUAGGCAUUACCUAUGCGUCCAUGUUCCCCGACAAUAUCGACCGUUUGAUUGUAGAUGGCGUAGCCGACAGCGAAAACUACAUGAAAACGCUUUGGUCCAACAACCUCCGCGACACCGACAAGGUGCUCGACCAGUUCUAUACCGCCUGCGCCAACAGCACGUCCUGCGCCCUGCACGAGCCGACCCCCUCCGCCAUUCAAUCGCGCGUAGACGCGCUGUUUGCCAAGCUCAAGCGGAACCCGAUUCCCGUCUCCCUCAACGGCACCAACUACGGCCUCGUCGACUACACCCUCGCGCGCCAGGUCGUCUUCGGCUGGCUCUACAAGCCUUACCAGAAGUCUCCCCUCAGCGCGUCUUCCCUCGCCUCUGCGCUGGAAGCGCUCGAGCGCGGCGAUGGCGCGGCGAUGUGGGCCGCGCAUGCGCCCGAGCCCACGAUGAAGUGCGAUUGCGCGCGCGACGGUCCGGCGAAGGCUGCGGACCGGGAGACGACGCUCGCGAUCGCGUGCGGCGACGGAGAGCCGGUGGAACGCGACCUCGAGGAGCUACGGGCGUUCUACGACGACAUGGCGCGCGACUCCGACUUCGCCGAGAUCUGGUCUGUCCAUUUGGAUUGCGCGGGAUGGAAGAUACAGUCAAAGGAGCAGUUCCAUGGACCUUUCGCCGGCAACACCAGCUACCCGAUCCUUCUCAUUGGCAACACCGCCGACCCCGUCACGCCUCUUUGGAACGCUCACAAGAUGGCGAAGGGCUUCCCAGAUGCCGCCGUUCUGACGCAGAACUCUGCUGGCCAUUGCUCUCUCGCUGGCGCGUCGCUGUGCACGGCGAAGUACGUGCGGGACUACUUCCGCGAGGGGAAGUUGCCGCCUGCGGGGGCCGUAUGCGAGAUUGAGGAUGAGCUGUUCCCAUCCUCGGACGUCAAGCAGGCAGGAGAUAUGCUUAACCACGACGACAGGGUGUUGCUCGAUGCUGUGAGGGAGCUUAGCGACAAUUUCGAGGUACCUCGUCUGCAUUGACGGUUUUUCUUUGCGUAUGCGCUGCGGCAUAACAAGGAUGUAGAGUACUUGAGGUCGAACGCGACUACGGCUAUCUUGUGCCUAUAUUCCACAUAUACUUUGGUGAUAUUGCCCGACUAU